AUGGAGCGGGCACCGGGAGCGGGAUCGGGAGCAGGGCUGGGAUCGGGAUCGGGAUCGGGGUCGGGGUCGGGGUCGGGGUCGGGAUCGGGAUCGGGGUCGGGGUCGGGGUCGGGCUCUGGCUCUGGGUCAGGAUCGGGAUCGGGAUCAGGAUCAGGGUCGGGGUCAGGUUCGGGAUCGGGGUCGGGAGCGCGACCGGGACCGGGACCGGGAUCGGUACCGGGGCGCUGGGCCGCCACCGCCUGCGUGGUGACGGGCGCUUCCCGCGGCUUCGGGCGCAGCCUGGCGCGGCUGCUGGCGCCGCAGCUCGGGCCCGGCUCGGUGCUGAUGCUGCUGGCGCGAUCCGCGGAUGCGCUGGCCGAGCUGGCGACCGAGCUGCGCGCCGGGGCCACCGGCAAUGACACCGGGUGCGGCACCGGGAGCAGCGAGCUGCGGGUGCAGUGCGUGCCCGCUGACCUGGGCUCCGAGGAGGGGCUGCGGAGGGCGAGCGCUGCCCUGCGGGAGCUGCUGCAGGACGCGUCCUUCGGCCGCCUGCUGCUGGUCAAUAAUGCCGGCUCCUUGGGAGACAUCUCCAAAUCCUUCCUGGACCUGACCGACCUGGAGGAGAUCAACUCCUACUUCUCCUUCAACAUCAGCUCAGCCCUCUGCCUGACCUCCACGGCCCUGAGGGCCUUUGGGGCCCGGCCUGGCUGCAGCAGGACCGUGGUGAACAUCUCAUCCCUGUGUGCCCUGGAGCCCUUCCCCAGCUGGGCCCUGUACUGCUCUGGCAAGGCUGCCAGGGACAUGAUGUUCCGUGUGCUGGCCCUGGAGGAACCCGGAGUGCGUGUGCUCAACUAUGCCCCAGGCCCCCUGGACACGGACAUGCAGCUCCUGGCCCGGAGCAGGACUCGGGACCCUGGGCUGCGCCAGCGCUUCCAGAGGCUGCAGGAGCAGGGCCAGCUCAUCCCGAGCUCUGUGUCAGCCCAGAAGCUGCUCCAGCUCCUGCAGGAGGAUUCCUUUCCCUCCGGAGCUCACGUGGAUUUCUUUGACAUCUGACCCCCUCCACUUUUGCCUCCCUGCUUUGCUUCCAGCUGAGCCUUUCCCUGGUGCCUCCAGUGGGACCUUGUUCAAAUCCUGGGAUUUGGGAUCUCUGUGUGCCUUUUUGGUCCCUGUGUGCCUUGUGGUGCCCUUUUUGGUCUCUGUGUGCCUUGUGGUGCCCUUUUUCAUCUCUGUGUGCCUUGUGGUGCCCUUUUUUGGGUUCUGUAUGCCUUGUGGUGCCCUUUUUGGGCUCUUUGUGCCCUUUAGUGCCCUUUUUGGUCUCUGUGCGCCUUUUGGUGCCCUUUUUCAUCUCUGUGUGUCUUGUGGUGCCCUUUUUGGUCUUUCUGUGCCCUUUGGUGCCCUUUUUUUGGCUCUGUGUGCCUUGUGAUGCCCCUUUUUGGUCUCUGUGUGCCCUUUAGUGCCCUUUUGAGACUGGGCAGCAGCUCCUGCUACUGAGCCCUCACUGGCAGGGCUGCAAUCCCUCACUCCCAGGGAUUUGGGAUUUUUCCUGAUGGAAUUGCCCUGGAAGGCUCAAAUUCAGGAGUUUGUGGGAGCCAAAGGAGUUUGUGCCAGCCCCACAGAGGCCCCAGCAGGACCUGUGUCCCCCUGUGUCCCCCAAGGAGCCAUUCCUGGGCUGGGAUGUCCCCUGUGUCGUGUUUGAGGGUGCCCAGGAUGAGGGAAGAGAUGAGAAUCUUGAUUCCAUGUUUCAGAAGGCUGAUUUAUUAUUUCAUUAUAUGAUAUGAUAUAAUAUUAUAUGAUAUUAUAAGAAAAUUAUAUACUAAAACUAUACUCAAGAAAAGAGGAAGGAUACAUCAGAAGGGUAGAAAGGAAUAAUAUAAAUAAUAAAUAAUAUAAGAAAUAAUAAAAUUUUGUGGCUGACCAGAGAGUCCCACACAGCUGGACUGGGAUUGGUCAUUAAUUGAAAACAUUUCCCAUUAAACCAAUCAGAGAUGCACCUGUGGGUGAUCAACAUCCAGAGCACAUUCCAAGCAAUCAGAUAAUUCUUGUUUACAUUUAUUUCUGAGGCUUCUCAGGAGGAAAAUCCUGGCAAAGGGAUUUUCCAGGAGAUAUCAGUGACAAUCCUGGAUCCCUGGCUAUGUCCCUGCUCCCCUGGGGCUCCUGCAGGGCUGGGCUGGGUUCUGGUUGUCAUGAUCUGUCCUUAUGAACGGGGUUUGUGAUGGUUUGUGGGGUGAUCUCAGGGUGCAAAAGAACCAACAUGGUACAAGGGGGUUUGCAGUGAUAAAACAAAUGCACCUUUGUUGAAUGAGCACAGCAAAAUAGAGGGAUUAAGGGAGAGGAAAAAGAUAAGGGAGAGAAAAGAGAGAGUGAAAGAAGGGGAUAGAGCUACCAAACAUAGAGACGAAGUCCUUUGGUCCAGUCCAGUUGAGGACCCGCCUGUUACAUCGGGGAGAUCUCAAAAUCUCGAUCUAACUCAGAGGUUUUUAUUAUGAUAACUCUAUUGGAAAUUGUGCAGGGGGAAACAGGUACAAUAAGGAAUUGAUGUAACAGGCAGUCCAUGCUCUCAGCAGUAAACAGAGCCAUUGUCUUCUUGGUCCAGCGGUCACAACCUGCAGGCAAACAUCUCACUUUGGUCAGCUUUGGUUCCCCACACACCUCCCCGGGCUGGGGGUUUCAUGUCUCAGUCCCUGAUGGAGCAGAGGGACCUUUGCACAUGGGGGUUCCAUGUCUCAGUCCUUGAUGGAGCAGAGGAGCCUUUUCACAUGGGGGUUCCAAGUCUCAGUCCUUGGAAGGAGCAGAGAGGCCUUUGCACAUGGGGGUUCCAUGUGUCAGUCCUUGAUGGAGCAGAGGAGCCUUUUCACAUGGGGGUUCCAAGUCUCAGUCCUUGGAAGGAGCAGAGGAGCCUUUUCACAUGGGGGUUCCAUGUCUCAGUCCCUGAUGGAGCAGAGGGACCUUUUCACAUGGGGGUUCCAUGUCUCAGUCCUUGCAAGGAGCAGAGGGGCCUUUGCACAUGGGGGUUCCAUGUGUCAGUCCUUGAUGGAGCAGAGGGGCCUUUGCACAUGGGGGUUUCAGUCCCAGCCCUUGGAAGGAGCAGAGGAGCCUUUUCACAUGGAGGUUCCAUGUGUCAGUCCUUGAUGGAGAGGCUCCUUCCAUCCCAGUCUGUCUGACACGGUGGUUGUAAAACAGGUGAGGGUCUUCUGUGGGAGACCACCCGAAACUCAGGAGAAGUCCAGCCAGGCCGAGAGGUGGGAGAGCUUCCAAGGCUGCUGUUGCAAACAGGGCACGGUGCCCCCUUCUUCUUCUCAUUGGGCUCAGUGUAGCACACAGCAAACACACCUGUGAAAACAAAAGCUUAACACUGAGCUCUCCGGUCUCAGGGCCUUUGGCGUGUGUAACUUUCUCCUUCAGAGCCAGAGAUUUUAGACAGGGGGGUCUUCUCUUCAGUGGUCCCCCAAUGAUGACCGUGAGGCAGAUGAGGGAAAAUUCAAACAGACUCUCACACACUGGGCAAGGAGCAGCAAAGCCUCUCCCGGUGCUUUUCCCACAAACACCAGUGACCGCCAGGAGAGGGAGCAGCCUUGGAGGAAUUGGGAAUUUUGGCUGAGGUCACCAGUUCACAGAAACUGAGCAGAGCUCGCAGCAAAGGCACAGCCCUGAGUUCCUGCCCUGCUGCCUGUGCAGGGUUUGGGUCCAAGCCUUGCUCUGGGGCUUCAGCCCCUUCCUUUUAAUUAUUUGUGGGGGUUUUUUGUCACUUUUCCUUCAGAUUGCAGCAGGCACAGACACACAGAGACUUUUCCUCUGGAAAGCUGAUGCAGAAGAGUUGUUUUGAAGUCCUGAAAUAUGCCCUGGAAAUGCCCCUCUGUGCCCCCUCCACCCCAACCCUGCAGCUCAGAUUUUGCCCCCCCUGGCUCUCCAAUCAUUAAAAUUCUAAAAUCAUUCAAAUCCUGA